UGGUACUCAAGAGAUUUAUUAAUCGUUCUCGUUGAUUAUACAAACUGUGGUAAUCCCACAUUUGAUAAUUUAUGAUUGUUUUAAUUUAUUUUACGAAUUGAUAUGUUUUCUCUCAAAGCUGUUGGGCAAUUGUGGUAGUGAAAAUGCCUUUUUCCUCCAGCUGACAACAAGUGUCGUCCUGAGGAGUGCCUGUUGCUGGAGGACAGUGCAGCCACCGCCACCAUUGCACCUCCAUGAUGCCCAACCGGCCGGAAGUGGACAAGAUUGAUUUCUCCUCGGCAGCCAAGGGAGGCUAAAAAAUUACUAAACAAGGACAAGACAACGCAGAAAAGCAGACGACACGUCCAUUCUUUCUUUUUUAAAGGCGAGGUGUCUGAAAAUGUUGACAUUUGUCAUGUCCGUCAAUCCUGUGGCAGAAAACGCCAACUAUUCUCUCGGCAAUGGGAUGCUCCCUACCCCAAUUGAGCCUCUGUCGAAUCCUUAAAGGAGCAGGAUGAUAAGAUGGCCCAGCUACUGGUACCGCCAGGUCCUGACAGCUUCCGGCCCUUUGUCCCAGAGUCACUGGCUGCCAUUGAAAGGCGCAUCGCUGAAGAGCAGGUCCGGCGACCACGGGCAGAACGUCGCAGUGAUAGCGACGAUGAAAAUGGGCCUAAGCCAAACAGUGACUUGGAGGCAGGGAAGUCACUUCCCUUCAUCUAUGGGGAUAUUCCUUCAGGUCUGGGGUCCACUCCUCUGGAGGACAUGGACAGCUUCUACAGCAAUCAGAAGACUUUUAUAGUAUUGAAUCAUGGAAAGGCAAUCUUUCGUUUCAACGCCACUCCUGCCUUGUAUAUCUUGAGCCCCUUCAACCCUCUGAGGAGGAUAGCUAUCAAAGUUUUAGUACACUCCAUGUUCAGCAUGUUGAUCAUGUUCACCAUCCUAACCAACUGUGCUUUUAUGACCCUAAGUAACCCUCCGGAAUGGGCCAAGAAUGUAGAAUACACAUUCACAGGGAUUUACACCUUUGAGUCUCUCAUAAAGAUCCUGGCCAGAGGGUUCUGUAUGGGAAAAUUCACUUUCCUGCGUGACCCAUGGAACUGGCUGGACUUUAGUGUCAUCCUAAUGGCGUAUAUAACAGAGUUUGUAAACCUCGGGAACGUUUCAGCUCUGCGCACAUUCAGAGUACUGAGAGCUUUGAAAACUAUCUCAGUGAUACCAGGUUUGAAGACCAUUGUCGGAGCAUUGAUCCAGUCAGUUAAAAAGCUGUCGGAUGUAAUGAUCCUGACAGUGUUCUGCCUCAGCGUGUUUGCUCUCAUCGGCCUCCAGCUCUUCAUGGGUAACCUGAGGCAGAAAUGUGUGCGCUUGCCGAUUGCUAUCAACUCCACCAACAGCAGCAAUGCUGUUGACGACGACAUGCUAAUUUUCGACAGCAACCUGGCAGCAGAAGUAAACAACACAUUCUUGAACAGCACAGGGAGCAACUUCAACUGGACAGAGUACAUCAGUAAUGAGCGUAAUUACUAUUACCUCCCUGGUAGCAAGGACGCUCUGCUUUGUGGAAAUGGCAUCGGGGCUGGGCUUUGUCCAGAAGGCUAUAUAUGUGUCAAAGCGGGUCGUAAUCCUAACUAUGGAUACACAAGCUUUGACACCUUUGGCUGGGCUUUCCUGUCUUUGUUCCGUCUCAUGACCCAGGACUACUGGGAAAACCUCUACCAGCAGACAUUGCGCGCGGCAGGGAAGCCCUACAUGGUCUUCUUUGUGCUGGUUAUCUUCCUGGGAUCCUUCUACCUUGUCAAUUUGAUUUUGGCUGUUGUGGCCAUGGCUUAUGAUGAGCAGAACCAGGCCACAAUUGAGGAGGGUCAGCAGAAGGAGGAGGAGUUCCAGGCAAUGCUGGAGCAGCUGAAGAGACAGCAAGAGGAAGCACAGGUUGCUGCGGCAACAACAAUGGAGAGCAGGGAGUACAGCGGGAGGGUAGGCCCCGGGGGCGCCACCUCUGAGUCCUCAUCUGUGACAUCCAAGCUCAGCUCCAAAAGUGCAAAAGAGCGACGCAACAGGCGGAAGAAAAGGAAGCAGAGGGAAGAAGAGGAGGAGGAGAGGGGGACUUGCGACAAGUUCCACAAGUCUCAUUCUGAGGACAGCAUCAAGAGAUCCUUCCGCUUCUCCAUUGAUGCCAAUCGACUUUCUUAUGAGAAGAGAUGCUCCUCACCCAAUCAGUCUCUGCUCAGUAUACGUGGAUCACUCUUCUCACCGCAGAGGACCAGCCAAGCCAGCCUAUUCAGCUUCCGUGGGAGAGCACGGGACAUGGGCUCCGAAAACAAUUUUGCGGACGACGAGCACAGCACCCUUGAAGAGAGUGACAGUCGGCGGGGUUCCCUGUUUUUGCCGCAACGCGGCGAACGCCGUUGUAGCGCCAUUAGCCAGACAAGCCUCAGAGUGCCUCGGGUCUUGCUUCCUGCCAAUGGAAAGAUGCACUGUGCAGUGGACUGCAAUGGAGUGGUCUCGCUGGUUGGUGUUACAUCUGUAACUACCUCCCCUGAUACAACUACAGACACUGAGGUGAAGAAACGGCGCUCAGUUGAUUAUUUAGCUGAACCAGGAGGCAGGCAAAGGGCCAUGAGUGUGGCCAGCAUCCUCACCAACACCAUGGAAGAACUCGAAGAGUCAAGACAAAAAUGCCCUCCCUGCUGGUAUCGAUUUGCCAACACUUGUUUGAUCUGGAAUUGUUGCCCAGCCUGGCUUCAAAUUAAGGACUUUGUCAACAUGGUGGUCAUGGACCCAUUUGUUGAUCUGACUAUCACGAUUUGCAUCGUCCUAAAUACCCUUUUCAUGGCCAUGGAGCAUUACCCCAUGACUGACGAAUUUGACGAUGUCCUUUCAGUCGGAAACCUGGUAUUCACUGGAAUUUUUACAGCAGAGAUGUGCCUCAAAGUCAUAGCCCUUGAUCCUUACUAUUACUUCCAGGAGGGCUGGAACAUUUUUGAUGGCAUUAUUGUUAGUUUGAGCCUGAUGGAGCUGGGUUUGGCCAAAGUAGAUGGGCUGUCUGUGCUCAGAUCCUUCCGCCUGCUCAGAGUAUUCAAACUGGCUAAGUCAUGGCCAACACUGAACAUGCUGAUCAAGAUCAUCGGUAACUCAGUUGGGGCUCUGGGGAACUUGACCCUGGUGCUCGCCAUCAUUGUCUUCAUCUUUGCCGUGGUAGGAAUGCAGCUUUUUGGAAAAAGCUACAAGGAGUGUGUCUGUAAGAUAAAUGAUGAAUGUCAGCUACCCCGCUGGCACAUGCACGAUUUCUUCCAUUCCUUCCUCAUUGUGUUCCGGGUGCUUUGUGGAGAGUGGAUAGAGACUAUGUGGGACUGUAUGGAAGUGGCGGGACCCACAAUGUGUCUGAUUGUCUUCAUGAUGGUCAUGGUCAUCGGAAACCUGGUGGUUCUAAACCUGUUCUUAGCUCUGCUUCUGAGCUCAUUCAGCGCUGACAACUUGGCAGCAACUGACGAAGACAGCGAGAUGAAUAACUUGCAGGUGGCUGUGGGUCGAAUCCAGCGCGGCAUCGCCUUUUUCAAAUCUGCUAUCCGGCAGUUCCUCCAGAGCCUGUGCUUUGGAGGGGCUGGCAAGGGCUGUAGCAUCCCUGAUGAGAGCAAACCCCUGGAAGAACGACACAGCAAUGGAAAGGGAAACUGCAUCACCAAUCACACAGCAGUGGAAAUUACCAAAGAUCCCGGUGGGAUGUACAGGACAGCUGAGGGUAACGGGCGACCAGGAGGAGGCCUGAUCGUCGGAGUCAUGGUUGACGAGGACAGCCCAGAAAAGUACUCUUUAGACAAAUGUGACUACAUGUCCUUUAUUCACAACCCAAGUCUGACAGUCACAGUGCCAAUUGCAGUGGGUGAGUCCGACUUUGAGAAUCUUAACACGGAGGACAUAAGCAGCGAUUCAUCCGAUGUGGAGGGAAGCAAAGAGAAGCUUGAUGUAGAGCCCAAACCUCUCAGUUCUUCAGAAGGCAGCACCGUGGAUAUUGGUCCCCCAGGAGACGGGGUUGAUUCAGUGGAAUUAGAGCCAGAAGAGUCCCUGGACCCAGAGGCCUGUUUCACUGAGGGAUGUGUACGCAGAUUCCAGUGCUGCCAGGUCAACGAGGAAGGAGACAGGUUUAAGAGCUGGUGGACUCUCAGAAAAACCUGUUUUAUCAUAGUGGAGCACAACUGGUUUGAAUCUUUUAUCAUAUUCAUGAUCCUUCUCAGUAGUGGAGCACUGGCCUUUGAGGACAUAUACAUUGAACAGAGGAGGACUAUUAAAACGAUGCUUGAGUAUGCAGACAAAGUCUUCACCUAUAUCUUCAUCCUGGAGAUGCUGUUGAAGUGGGUGGCCUACGGCUUUGUCAAGUAUUUCACCAAUGCGUGGUGCUGGCUUGACUUCCUCAUUGUUGAUGUGUCUCUGAUCAGCCUUGUGGCCAAUGCUCUGGGCUAUUCUGAGCUUACUGCCAUCAAGUCUUUAAGGACACUGCGAGCCCUACGACCACUGCGAGCCUUGUCUAGAUUUGAGGGCAUGAGGGUUGUGGUGAACGCACUACUGGGGGCCAUCCCCUCCAUCAUGAAUGUCCUGCUGGUCUGCCUCAUCUUCUGGCUAAUCUUCAGCAUUAUGGGAGUCAACUUGUUUGCAGGGAAGUACUACUACUGCGUCAACACCACCACUGAUGUGGUCUUCCCCAUUGACGUGGUCAACAACAUGUCUGACUGCCUGAAUUUGGUCAAUGACAGCGCCCGGUGGAAGAAUGUUAAAAUCAACUUUGACAACGUUGGUGCUGGCUAUCUGGCACUGUUGCAAGUGGCAACAUUUAAGGGCUGGAUGGACAUUAUGUAUGCAGCUGUGGACUCUCGUGAUCUGGAGCAUCAGCCCAAAUAUGAAGAGAACUUGUACAUGUACCUGUACUUCGUCAUCUUUAUCAUCUUUGGAUCCUUUUUUACCCUCAACCUGUUCAUUGGCGUGAUUAUUGACAACUUCAACCAGCAGAAAAAAAAGUUUGGAGGGCAAGAUAUCUUCAUGACAGAGGAGCAGAAAAAAUAUUACAAUGCUAUGAAGAAGCUCGGGUCUAAGAAACCACAAAAACCUAUUCCUCGGCCAACAAAUGCUUUCCAAGGCUGCGUGUUCGACUGCAUAACAAAGCAGGCUUUUGACAUUGUUAUAAUGAUCCUCAUCUGCCUUAAUAUGGUGACCAUGAUGGUAGAGACGGACGACCAGACCCCAGAGAUGGACACCAUUCUCUACUGGAUCAACCUGGUUUUCAUUGUACUCUUCACAGGGGAGUGUAUACUGAAGAUGAUCUCCCUGCGUCACUAUUACUUCACAAUAGGCUGGAAUGUAUUUGAUUUUGUGGUGGUAAUCCUGUCAAUUGUAGGUAUGUUUUUGUCUGAAGUCAUCGAGAAAUACUUUGUGUCCCCGACAUUAUUUCGAGUGAUCCGUCUGGCCAGAAUUGGACGUAUUCUCCGCCUUAUCAAAGGGGCCAAGGGCAUUCGGACACUUCUCUUUGCAUUGAUGAUGUCACUUCCUGCCCUAUUCAACAUUGGCCUUCUGCUCUUUUUGGUCAUGUUCAUCUAUGCCAUUUUUGGCAUGUCAAACUUUGCCUAUGUGAAGCACGAGUCCGGAAUCGACGACAUGUUCAACUUCGAGACCUUUGGAAACAGUAUGAUCUGUUUGUUCCAGAUCACUACCUCAGCUGGGUGGGAUGGUCUGCUGGCACCCAUCCUGAACAAGAGGGAGCCUGACUGCAACAGCCAAAUGGAGCAUCCAGGGAACACUUACAAAGGCAACUGUGGCAACCCAUCAGUGGCCAUCUUGUUUUUUGUCAGCUACAUCAUCAUCUGCUUUCUCAUUGUGGUCAACAUGUACAUUGCCGUCAUUCUAGAGAACUUCAGCGUGGCCACAGAAGAGAGCGCAGAGCCACUAAGUGAGGACGACUUUGAGAUGUUUUACGAAGUGUGGGAGCGCUUUGACCCCGAUGCCACACAGUUUAUGGAGUACAGCAAGCUCUCUGACUUUGCCGAUGCGCUGGAUCCACCCCUGCGUAUGCCCAAGCCUAACAUGAUUCAGCUCAUCUCUAUGGACUUGCCAAUGGUCAGUGGUGAGCGCAUACACUGCCUCGACAUCCUCUUUGCCUUCACCAAACGAGUACUUGGUGAAGGCGGUGAGAUGGAUGUGUUACGCGGACAGAUGGAGGAGCGCUUUAUGGCCUCUAACCCCUCGAAGGUGUCGUAUGAGCCCAUCACCACGACGCUCCGUCGCAAGCAGGAGGACAUGUCCGCCGUUAUCAUCCAGAAAGCAUUCCGCCGCUACAUGAUUUGCAUGACCAUGAAGAAGGCUUCGGCCCUCUACAAAGAGCAGUUAAAAGAGGGCUUACGAGACCCCGAUAAGGACGUAAUGGUCAUCAGCAAAUACCAUGAGAACUCCACCUCGGACAAAACAGACAUGACUCCCUCUACUGCCUCCCCGCCGUCUUACAAUAGUGUAACAAAGUCUGACAAAGACAAGUAUGAGAAAAAGAACAAAGUUAAAGACUUGAAAGAUAUAUAGAUUUUCCGCCCAAAUGUUUACAUCUUCUAAUGGAGGUAGUCAUGUCUUUGAGUGCUUGUGGUUAGGAGUAGGUGGAUUUCCUCAAGUCGAGGAGGGCAAGUACAGGUAUGUGAGUUUACAGAGAAUUUCCGACAUCUCUGAAGGGACCGAACCAUUCCUAAGACCCUAAAAAGACUCCUGCAAAAUCUUGUAAUUUCUCAUUUGGUCAGUUGGUUGGUUGGUUUUACUAACUGAAAUGCUUCACUGUACUGCUAUUUUGUCUGUAGCCAGUGCUGCUGCUGCUGCUACAGUGGAACCCGUUUAACUCACAUUAAGAUAAGCGGUUAUCGACAUGACCAAACCGGAAACUAGCCAUUGUUUGCACAUUUCCUUUGACUUUGUCCAGAGAUAAAAGGAGAAUAGGAGAUAAACGAUUUUUCAACCUAUACCAGUUUGUUCACAUGGUUUUCUUCCAUUUGUGCAUAUUUUAUGUAGAUUCUUGUGUUUUUGUAUGUGAUAUUUUAUACUCUUAGUCAGUUAGGAUAGGCUCCAGCCUACCCGCGACCCUAGUGCGGUAUAGAAAAUGGUUGGAUGGCUCUAACAGAGCCUACGAAGAGAUGGCGAUUUGUGCAGGGUGUACUCUGCCUUCAGCCCGAGGGCAGCUAGGAUAGGCUUCAGGCUCCCCAUGAACCCGAAAGGGACAAGUAGUUGAAAAUGGAUGGAUGGAUGGAUGGAUGGAUCUAAUAGAGCUAUUGUAGUAAUUCGGUUGUACAGUAUGUCAUACAUGCGCAAAUCUUUCUUCUGGUGGCUAACAAUAUAAGAAAAAAUAUAAAUGGGUGCAUUUUGUUCGUUACUGGGGUAGAAUUCAGGUUAAUACUGCAUUGCUUUUACUUUGAAGCUUUGCACUUAACAGGAAGUCACUGUGUGUAUGUUUCAAUGCUGUGUAACUAGACAGUUGGUAUGUUGCUGAUGAAGUUCACAAUACUGCCAACUGUCAACCUCAACAGACUGAUUUUUCAUAGAAAUGACUGAAGUGGUGGACCAGGACAUAUAACAAGUUGGUUGACAUGAAUCGGGACCGACUUAAACGGGCUCCACUGUACUAUAAAUCCAGUGUCUUGAAUUGAAAAAUGUGUGGAAUACUCUGAGUACACAGCUUGUAUUCUUAUUUUUGAAGAAGAUGGUGGCACAUCUUAGCGAGAAUGUAGAGUCUUUUCUUUACUCAUUGUCUCAUUCAGAAUGUUAUAACUUGCCGACAAAGUUAAUGCUGGAAAUUAUACGCUUCUCUUCUGCAGUGGUGAGUGCCAGAAUACACUUAAUCCAGUAUAGGGGGUCCAAAGAGUCAGUGCCCACCACCAUAUUUAACCUAAGACUCACUCAGUGUCAGAACAGUUGACCCUACAGAAGAUGGGGUUAAUCUUGAGCCAUAUUUGAUCGCAUCCCUGUUACACCAAAAGCCGACUGGAGUGAAGUAUAGAAGCCGAUUUCCACACGCUGCCCUGAAUUUUUACUUCCCACAGUGGGUACAGUACAUUAUUUUGUGUCUUGAUAUUCAAGAUACGGGUGGUGAAAGUUGACAGUCCACUGUGCUGAUGGAGCACUGCCCUGACUUUGUCAAAUACCCCAGGCAUUCUAAAGUAGAACCAUGAAUAGAGUUAGAGAUACAAAUCUACAGUACUGUUGCCUUUUGCAUUGAAUGGUACAAAAAUCCAUUUACUGAAUGUACAUUACAGGGCCCACCCACACACUCCAUUAGUUGGCAACAGAAACUGUAAGGACUGUACUGUACAAAAGUAGGUUCUGGGAUACAUUCUUGGCUCGGACCUCUGUGUGGAGUUUCUUCCCAUGCUAGCAUGGCUUAACUCCUGUAACACUGCGUUCCUCCCACUCCCGCAUUCCAAAAACAUCCAUUUUAGGCUAAUUGGAAACUCAAAAUUUUCCGUGGGUGUGAAAGUGAGUGUGAAGGCUUGUUUCUAUAUGUGUGUCCUGUCAUGAACCAGUCCAGGGUGUAUGUCGCCUCGCACAAAAAGCCAGCUGGGAUAGACUCAAGCCCACUUCUGACCCUAAACAAUAUAAAAAAUUAAUGAACAGCAUAAUUUGUUGGUUUUUUUUACAGUACUUCGAGAAAAAGUGACCAAGGCCAAUUAUUCACAGUCGUAAAAGUAUAGCAAAAUAAAAAUACUAGUGCUGUGUCUCAAUUAGUAUGCUUCUCGAAUUUGCACUUACUCUUUUAAGUGCCUUCACAAGAUGUUGCACUCAAAACUGUCAAAAUGGUGGAUGUGAAAUGAUAAACAUAGCACUUCAAAAGAGUUUAAAAAAUGUAUACAAAUAAAAUUAAAAUAGAAGAAAGUAAUAUAUAAUUCGUCAUUUUCUAAGUAUACAAUAAAUAAAAAGCUGGCAGAUACGUUAUGGGGCGAGGCAAGUGUUGAUGAUAAAGCUCCAUCAAGUAGUUGCAAUUCACCAUGAAAGAGGAGAGAAGAGGAUCUGAAUAAAUAUUUGCAAUUGCUUUUUCUAGGUAGUGUGCACUACACUGUCAACAUUUGAGAAUUCAGGAAGUAAGUACCCAAUGUACAGAGUAUUGAAGUAUACAGAUGGAAUGGAAAUAUUCCAUUUGAGACACAGCUUAUCAGUCCAAUACUGAAAUGUGGCAUGGCACUUCUAAUGGGCAAAUAAUUAUACUGGCCAUUAUUACAGGAAAUAUAUGGUGCCUCAAAUUGGCAAAUAAUUAAAAGAGUAAUCCCAUGUGCAGCUGGGAUAGGCUCCAGCAUGUUAACAAAAUGGUGCUAAAAAACAAGCGACAUUAGAUUAAUAGAUCUGAAUCCUAAACAUAAACUUGGCUUAAAGUGGAUUUUGGCCCUGCGAGAAAAUAAACUUUAAUAAAGUUAUCUUCUUAAAUAUUUUCUGUCCCCUGCACAAUAAAUACACAACUUUUCCAAAGGAAGACAAAUGUUUAUUUCAAAUAAGUGCUUUGUUGUAGUACAUUGUAAAUAAACAUAACUAUUUUUCUCGUACUUUCAUGAAAUGUAAAGGCACUGUUUGUUUUGUGUGUGUGUGUGAGAGGAUGUUGGAUGUAUACAUUUUUACCGUAGUAAAGUGAUCCACCAGUCUUCAGGUUUAGUUUUCUGCAUAUAAUAAAACAAUGGUAUGUAGAUACAAACUACUUCACGCCUGGUCGCCGUCACUAAUUGCUUGUAUGGUGUUUUUGGUGAAGUGCAUGCAGGAAGUGACGCAGCACACGUGGUCUUAUUGUUUCAAAAACCAAAUUAAUAAAAUUACAUAUUUUUCCUAAGUCUUCUCUUUUUCCAAGAACAUGCUACAUGUGAUGAUGUCAACUUGCUUUAUCUUGUUUAAUCAAGGGUGUGACGGGAAAAAUGCACUCCA